AUGGCUCAGCCUAUCGAGGUCAAUGCCCUCGUCGUGGGGGCAGGAUUCGGCGGCAUUUACGCAACAUACCGACUAACCCGUAUGCAACCGCGCAUGAAGGUCCAAACCGUCGAAAUGGCCAGCGACGUCGGAGGCACAUGGUACUGGAACAGAUAUCCCGGCGCCAUGAGCGAUACAGAAAGCUAUCUGUAUCGUUACUCCUGGGAUAAGGACGACCUGCAAACGUACCCCUGGUCGCACCAUUACGUCUACCAGUCCGAGAUCCUGAAAUAUCUCGAACAUGUUGUAGCGAAGCACGCCUUGCGAAAGUACAUGACUUUCAACUGUCAGAUGCAGUCAGCGACUCUACAUCGCUGGCGGAUCGAGUGCUCCUCGACAGGGACCAGCUCCGAAAGAACCGUGUAUCAUGCCCGAUACCUCGUCAACUCGCUUGGCGUACUUUCCAAGGCGAAUUAUCCAGAUAUUCCCGGCUUGAAAGAUUACCAGGGCACCACGUGUCAUACAGGAAAGUGGGAUGAUACCAUCGAGCUAAGGGAAAAGAGAGUCGGCAUAAUCGGUAGCGGUUCCACCGGCGUCCAAGUCAUGACGGCAAUUGCGCCCAUCGUGGGUCACCUCACUCUCUUCCAACGACGGGCACAAUACUCGGUGCCCAGCGGCCAGGGGCCAGUCGACCCUAGCUAUCGACAAAAUAUCAAUGCGGACUACGAUAAGAUCUGGGACAACGUCUGGUCCUCGAGUGUCGGGUUCGGCGUCCCAGAAGCCUUUGAGGAAGUAUGGUCUCAGGGCAACGGGUUCCGCUUCAUGUUCAGCGCCUUUGGCGACAUCGUCACCGACGAAGAAGCCAAUGAAGCGGCCUGCGAUUUCAUACGCGGCAAAAUCGACGAGAUCGUCAAAGACCCUCGCAAGGCGCACAUUUUGAAACCGCGGGAGGCUUAUGCGAGACGACCGCUCUGCGACUUUGGAUAUUAUCAGAUCUUUAAUCGCGAUAACGUUGACGUGAUGGACCUUCAGGCGAACGGCAUCAGACGUCUGGUUCCUCAAGGGAUUGAGCUAGCCGAUGGGACCGUCCACGACAUUGAUGUGCUCAUUUUCGCUACGGGAUUCGAGGCGGUCGACGGUAGCUACACGAGGAUCCAUGUGACGGGUCGAAAUGGCACGUUGAAAGACCACUGGGGUAAUGGAGCUACGACCUUCGGCGCCGUUGCUUGCGCUGGCUUCCCCAACAUGUUUCUCAUCUCUGGGCCGCAGAGCCCUUUCGCAAAUUUCCCUCCGGUCGUGGAGUUAGAGGUCGACUUCAUCAUGUCGAUUAUUCAGCACGCCGAAGGCUCGCACUCGGAUGCAGAGCCAGCAGAAGGUGAGGAGGCCGGAAUCUUGGGCAAGGAAGCGGUUUUUACACGUAGCCAAAGGAGGCGGAUGAUCAUGGAGGCCAAGAGGCAAGCCGAGUCGGACUGGGUAGAGCUGUGUAACAGCAUGCUGAAGGGAUCUCUAUUCGCCAAGACUCCCAGUUGGAUUUUGAGCCAGAACAUUCCCGGGAAGAAGACCAACACUAACUUCUUCUUUGGCGGGCUGCGGCCCUAUCUGAAGUUUGUUGAUGAAGAGGUCUCUGCGGGGUUUCCUGGGUUUCAACAAUCAGUAGCGCAUGGAGAUGUCGUUGCCCACUUGUAAGCUGCCGUGAGGUUAUUGAUUCCAUGUAGUCUCUGAGAGCAUAUAUUUCAGUGGAAUUCAUAUACUAACUGUAUGACC